GUUUAUAUUAUUAUGUUGUAUUCUGGAGGUAUUUCUGCUUAUUAUAGACUCUCACUUUAGGAUCUUGAUAGUAGUAAACCCAUAAUUUUGUCAUUAAAAAACAAAUAUAUUUGGAAGUUGUUUUAACAACCAAAGUUGAUUAUCAAUUAGUAUAUAUUUGGUAUUAUAAAGUUUAGGACAUGGCACUAUUUGCUGCAUAUGCAGAAGAAGCUCAAAAACUACAAGAACACCAAGCUAGUUGUGAUAAACCAGAAUGGCUUGAAAAUUCUAGUUUUAAACCCAACCUUCCAACAGUAAGUAAGGCAGAUGUGGUAGAAGUUACUUCUGACUCAGAUUCAGUAAAAGAGCAACUGGGUGAAUCAACUGAGGCAGUUUCAACGAGUAAAAGGCUUAAGAAACAUAAAAAGAAGAAAGGCCAUAAAAACAAAAAAGCUAAGGUAGACCCUGAUGAUGAACCAGUUAGUAAAAACUUUAAUGAGGAUGGGUAUAAGGUUGACAAGGAGCAGACAAGAGAAUUUCUAAAAGUAAACACAAUUUCUAGACCUGCAGUAUCCAAAUAUCACAUCACAUAUUGGUUGUCAACCCAUCCAAGACAGAAAAAAAAGAAAUUUAAAAGGUAUUAUAAAGCAAUAAAGCUCUUAAAAAGUGAUGAAAAAGAAGUAAAUGAGGAAGAUACAAAUGAACCAAAACUAACAAAAGAAAACAUUGAUAAAGCUGGUUUUGAUAAAAGGGAUGUGCAUUUCACAGGAUUUACACAAGAGGAAGAACUGUCCAAGAUGACAGAGCACUACAAUAAAAAUCUAGCUGAGAAUCCUAAUGAUAUUCCAAUGUGGUUGAAAUAUGUUGAUUUCCAGGACACAAUAUAUGAAUUUGAAAAAUCUUAUAGAAAAGGCAGUAUAGCUAAAGCCCAAAGGGUUCUAGCAGAAAGAAAAAUAUGUAUUUUGGAGAAAGCAUUAUUAUCUAAUCCUGGUUGCAAACAGCUUCUGAGAGAAAGGCUUAAGGUUGCAGUGACUGCAUUUCCUGCAGAUGAGUUACAGUCUCAAUUAAAAAAAUUAGUUGAUAAAGAAAAAGACAACAUAAUUAUAUGGCAAGGGUAUAUAGAAGCAACUCAGUGUUCCAUGUCCCACUGCAAUGCCCCUGCAGUCCUUGGACUUUAUGUAAAAUGUUUAUCUACCCUGCAUCAGUUACGAAGAACUACAUUGUCAGAAAUAAUUAUUUUUGAGGAGAGUAUACUGAGCAUUUUAUAUCAAUGUGGACUUUUCCUAAAACAAGCUGGGUUGUUUGAACAGUUAUGGACACUUUUAAAACUUUAUUUGGAAUUGAAUUUAAGUCUUUCAGAUAAAAGCAAAUUUAAUGUAGAGAAAUAUAUUAAUGAAAAGGAUCUUUUGGAAUUAGAAGAGGUAGUUUUAGGUUCACAAUUGCCACACCAUGAACUUUGGCUUAGAACUGAAAAAUUGAGAGAGUCAUGCCAUUAUUUGCCAUUUGCAGGUGAAGGUGAUUGUGAAGAUCCCCAAAGAUUAGUUUUCAGUGAGGAUGUUGUAGAAUUGAUUCAACCCAUAACAACCCCAGAAAAUAUUUUCAAACUUGUAGCUAUAACACUGACUUUGCUAAAGAUUCCUCUUUUGCCAUGCAGACAUUCUACAAUGGAGUAUUUAGGCUUAGAUUAUGUUCCAUGGAGCUUGGAUUCUAUUGAAUCAUUAUUGCCCAUUUUCAUUGAUCAAUAUCCCAUAGACCUUAGCAAUAAAUUUAUGUUAAACGAUAUAAACAGAUAUGCUGUAGGUCCUCAAUACCUUAAAGUAAUUCCUGGACAAGAAGAGUACUUAAGUUUUGUGCUGGCCACUAUGGAAACCUGUGCGGAUUGCCUAAAGGAAAAAGAUCAAAUCUCAGUUAGAGUUUGGUGGUUCCGUUUUCAAAGGCUUCUAAUUUUAUUAGAUGCUCAAGGAAGGUUUAAAUUACCACCACACUUCAAGAAAAAAAUAAAAACAAAUAUAAAAGAGUUGCUAAAACGCGAACAGUAUAGGAACAAUGAAAUUUUAUAUGUAGAAUAUGCAUAUAUCGAAAAGGCAUUGGGCAAUCAAGCAAACUACCAAACCGUUCUGAAAACUGCUUUAGGAAUGAAUAAAAAUAUAUCAUUAAUGGCGCAAAAUUGGAGCGAAGCUCAAGCCAACCAGUGUUUGCUUUAUAAAUGUCUUAUUGAAGCUAAUAUGUAUGAAAAUUCUAAUUGUAAAGCUACAGUUUUACCUUUACUGGUAAAGUUAGUGUUACAAAGAGAUUUUGACUCGCUUACGAAUGGCCUGAUAAUGGAAGCCGAAACAAAAUUUAGGAAUUUCACAAAUGAGUUAUUAGAGCAAAAUCUAACUGAUAUAAGGCCUGUGGGACACUUUUUGCCUGAAUUUUUUACUGAUUGGGUCAUUUGUCAUGGAUGGUUUUUGUUUUGGCUAAAAGGUCCUCUCCACUGUGGAACUUUUUUGGAAAACAUUUUAAGUAAACUUGAAGAAAACCAUGAUGGCCUAACAUUUCAAAAAGAGCUGCUAUAUGAAUUCUACUGCACCACUUUGUUUAAGUAUUGUGUGGAAAACCCUGGUAGUGGGGUGUUUAAGAUAUUGGACGAAGUGUUAUUCAGGGCUAUUGAGAAAUUCCCCAACAACCUCUAUUUAUUAGCAAUUUUGGCAAAAGAACAAAGCAUAUCCAAAACCAGCGGAAUAGCUGCAUGGAAAGUACAAAAUUUAUUGUUGAAAACUGGCAGAUCAAUACCAACGAUUUUUACUAUAAUUAUAAACGAUUUGGUAAAAUUGGCACUUGAAGAGGAAAUCUGUGAUACUGUGACUGGAAAUAAACUAGAUGUAAAUGUAAGUUUCAAAAACAAAAUGUACUCAUUGUACAAAAAAAUUACAAAACCCGAAAUGUGCACGAGAAGAUGUGGCUUAGUCUGGAGGCUGUUUUUACAGUUUGUUUAUACUUACUUUGACUCAGGAACCUGCCGAAAUGUGUACUAUAGAUCCGUGGAAGAAUGCCCAUGGUUAAAGGCACUUUAUAUGGACGCCGCCAUUUAUAUCCCAGCGGAACUUGCACAAAUCCAAGAUUUAAUAAUUGAAAAGCAGCUUCGCCUUCACGUUACACCAGAGGAGUUAGAUAUUUUACGAAGCUAAAUUUGAAGAAACAGGCAUUGUUUUAUGUGAUAAAUAAAACGCCGAGGACUUAAACAAAAAACUUUUAUUAUUUCUUCCGUUUUUCACCCUAACUGGUAUAAUAUAUGUUAAAUAAAUUAUCGCAAAUUCCUAAACUAAUAAAAUAAUUUAUAAAUAAAUAAUAUUGUCUUGUA